AUGACGGAUACUAGCCUCUCGGCUACUCCUCUCGACCUGGCAUUCCAUCCGACAGAGGACAUUGUCUACACGAGCCUGCUAAAUGGCGAGGUUCUCUGCUUUUUAUACGCAGAAGAUGGAUCUACGACUCUCAAGUGGAAGACGAGGCCUUCAAAAAAAAGUUGUCGGGCUAUAGACAUCACCGCCGACGGGAGCCACCUGUGGUGUGGAUAUAAAAGUGGAAACAUCUACAUCCUCAAGACUGACUCUGGUGCAGUCGUAAAAGAAAUUGCGCAUGCACAUGAAUCCCCUAUCAAUCGAAUACUAGUACUCGGCACUGCGUUUAAACAGGUCGUCACCGGAGACGACGACGGUGUAGUAAAGAUCUGGGAUACCCAAAAGCUGGCUCUCGAGGAUGUUGAGAGUCCUCUACGGAGCUAUGUACAUCAUACGGACUACAUCUCCGACUUUUGCUGGCUCGAGGACAAAAAGCAUCUUGUGGCGACGAGCGGCGAUGGAACUUUGUCUGUUAUGGAUGUUCGUUCGACGAAAGCGACACCAUUGGCUCAAAGUGAAGAUCAAGAGGAUGAACUACUCAGCAUAGUACCAAUCAAGGGUGGCAAACGAUUGGCAGUUGGAACUCAGCUUGGUCCAAUAACCAUAUUUGACCGUAAGCGGGGAUACGGAGAUUGUAUCGAUCGAUUUCUCGGCCAUCCUCAUUCGGUCGAAACAUUGGCAGUCAUCAGCGGCGGAUCUCAGCUCACACAGGACGUUGUCGCAACUGGAUCCUCUGACGGUCUCAUUCGGGUCGUUCAAUUGCUCCCGUCCAAGUUUCUCGGUGUCAUCGCAGCUCACGGCAAUUCACAGGACGAACAGUCGCCAGGAGAAGGCUUUCCUGUGGAACGAAUAAAAGUGGAUCGCAAUGGGAAAUGGCUCGGGAGUAUCAGCCACGACGAUGUCCUCAAACUUACCGAUAUCGAAGGGGCUCUCGAGGGAAGUGACGAAGAGGAUGCACAAGAAUCUGACGAGCAAGCCGAAGAGAGAGAGAGGAUAGAACAAAGUGAAGAGUCUGACGACGAGUUUGAGCCAAAAGCUGCAACGCCGAGAGUUGUACCUCAAGAGGUAGAUAAUGCUGAAGAGGCAUCCGAUUCAUCUUCUCUACCUCCAAAGGAAUCAAGGGCCGAGAAGAAGAGGAGGAAAAAGCAAAUGAAGCGUGAAGAGGCUAAGAGGCAAAAGAGGGCUCGAGACGGCGCUGCGACCAGCACCUUCUUUGACGACCUGUAG